AUGGUUACAUUCAACUGUGAGGUAUGCAAUGCUACUGUGCCAAAGAAAAAUACUGAAAAGCACUAUUACCGCUGUCCUAAUGCUUACUAUACAUGUAUCGACUGUUCCAAGACGUUCGAGGAUGGUGUAAGCUAUAAGCAACAUAUAUCGUGCAUCAGUGAGGAUGAGAAGUAUCAGAAAGCGUUGUAUAAAGGUGGAAACAAGAAGGGGAAACCCAAAGGGAAAGUAGAAAAGCCUGCGGUUGCUGAGAAGCCUGUGGUUACUGAGAAGAAGAAGAUUGAAAAGAAAGAGAGCAAAAAAUCCAGUAACAAUGUCUCGAUGAAGAAAGGUGACAGUCUAUACGCUAUUUUGAAGACCUUGAAGGAUAAAGACGCCAAGAAGAAGUUCCUGAAGUCUUUGGUAGUCGAUGAGGACGGUCGUCUGGCCAAGAAAUGA